AUGGUGAUGCUGAGAAAGGGUGAAUGGGUUUGGGUGGACUCGGACAUCGGGGUACCCAUAGGAGCCAGGGUCAAAGAAACGCCGACAGGUCGACGGUUGCUGGUGGACGAUGAGGGACAUGAGCGGAGUCUGCUCCCAGAGCAGGAGGCUUCUCUCAGGAUCAUGCACCCGACAUCGGUGGAAGGUGUGGACGACAUGAUCAAACUGGGGGACAUGACGGAGGCUGGCCUCCUCAGGAACCUGCUGCUCAGAUACAAACAAGGAACAAUCUACACCUACAUAAGUUCAGUGCUCGUGGCAGUGAAUCCAUACCAGGAAUUUCCAAUAUAUUCAGGUGAACAGAUGAAAUUAUAUCGCUGCCGAAGGCUUGGAGAACUCCCCCCUCACAUCUUUGCCAUCGCUGAAAGCUGCUACUUUAACAUGACACGGCAUCACAGAAACCAGUGCUGCAUCAUCAGUGGGGAGUCAGGAGCUGGGAAGACUGAAAGUACCAAACUUAUCCUGCAAUACUUUGCGGCGAUCAGUGGGGAGCUCUCUCAGCAGCAGAUUGAGAAGCAGAUCCUGGAGUCCAAUCCAAUUCUUGAAGCUUUUGGAAAUGCCAAAACCAUCCGCAAUGACAACUCUAGCCGCUUUGGGAAAUACCUGGAGAUCUUCUUCAACAAAGAUGGAGUCAUCGAAGGUGCUCGCAUGGAGCAGUAUCUCCUGGAGAAGUCUCGCGUCUGCCAUCAGUCUCUAGAGGAGCGAAACUACCAUGUUUUUUACUGCAUGCUGGCAGGAAUCACAGCAGAGGAGAAAAAAGCUCUGAGGAUCGGGAAUGCCAGAGAAUAUAAAUUCCUAUCUAAGGGUGACUGCAUCGCGUGUGAGGGAAGGGACGAUGCUAAAGACUUUAGUCGGAUCCGUCUGGCAAUGAAAAUCCUGACUUUCUCGGAGAGCCAUUUUCAGGAGAUCCUCAAGCUGCUGGCAGCCAUAUUACACCUGGGAAACGUGAGCUUUGAGGCCUCCGUCCAGAAUAACAUGGAAACAAGCGACGUUUGCAAAUCAGAACAUUUCAGCAUCGCGGCGUCACUUCUACAGGUUAAGACGUCUUCCCUGGAGACAUGUUUGACCCACCGCUCCUUUAUGACCACCAGAGAAAGAGUCACCAAACCCCUGAACUCUGAACAGGCGUCUGACUGCAGAGACGCCUUCGUCAAGGCCAUCUACAAUAAGCUGUUCAUAUGGAUUGUUCAACACAUCAACAGCGUCAUCUAUAAGAAGGUUACCAACAGCCCCAAAUCCACCUACCUGUCCAUCGGCCUGCUUGAUAUUUUUGGCUUUGAGAACUUCCAUACAAACAGCUUUGAGCAGCUUUGCAUCAACUUUGCUAAUGAGAAGCUGCAGCAGUUCUUCGUGGGUCACAUCUUCAAGCUUGAGCAAGAGGAGUACCUGAAAGAGGACAUUGUGUGGAAUAACAUCAAGUUUAGUGACAAUCAGAAAAUCCUCGAUCUUCUGGCCGGGAAGCCCUGCAACCUGCUCGCUCUGAUUGAUGAGGAGAGUCAUUUUCCAAAGGGUACAGACAUCACUUUGCUGACCAAGCUGAACCAGCAACAUGGUGGAAACAAGAUCUACAUUUCUUCACGGAGCGAACACGACAGAGAUUUUGGAAUUUGCCACUUUGCCGGCGUUGUUAUGUACAACACCCACGGAUUCCUUGAAAAAAACAGAGAUGCUGUCAGUUUUGACAUCCUCAAUAUGAUUGACUCGUCCACCAAUAAGCUGCUGCAUGAGACAUUUAAAAGUGACCUUUCAACCAAUGGUGUGAAAGCCCCCAAGAACGCCAGGAUCAUCAUGACGCCCAUGAACUCUCUGCGGGGUCAAACUGACAAACGAAAACAAGUGCCAACGCUGAGCGGUCAAUUCCGUCUGUCUCUGGAUUCCCUCAUGAAGGCUCUGUCUGCCUGCCAGCCGUUCUUCAUACGCUGCUUCAAACCCAACAAUGACAAGCAGUCUGAGGUGUUUGACCGAGAGCUGUGCAUGAGACAGCUGAGAUACUCUGGCAUGAUUGACACCAUCCGCAUCAGAAAGUUGGGAUACCCUGUCCGACACACCUUCCAGGACUUCCUGAAGCGUUACAGGGUGCUCCUGAAAACAACCAUCUGCGACCCCAAAACUACGAGGGCUUCAGUCUGUUGUGAAGCCAUCUGCAAGGCUGUGAUUGGAGGGCAGGACGAGUGGAAAAUAGGCAGGACCCAGAUUUUUCUCAGGGACGCCCAUGAUGCUGCUCUGGAGCGGCUGCGGGAAGAAGAGCUGAGCAGGGUUGCCGUGGUGAUCCAAAGAGUUAUGCUAGGACACAAAGACAGGAAGUCUUUCCUGAAGAAGCGGAGGGCAGCUGUGGUGUUGCAGAGGAACUGGAGAGCUUACAGAGAGAAGAUAGUUCGGAGAAAGGUUCAGCAUGGUUUUGAACGGCUGGUGUCAAAGAUCCGUGGUCGGGGGCUUGAGAGACGGUACAAGAAACAGCAAACAGCAGCGCUCACCAUCCAGACCCAGUUACGAGGUUACUGGGCAAGGAAAGAGUUGAAGCAGAAGAGACAGUCAGUUUUACUGCUUCGGGCUAAUGCCGAACGAUCCCUGGCCAGAAGAGAAGCUGAAACCAUGAGGCAAAGCAACCGAGAGGAGAGCUUUCUUUUUCACAAGGAGAAAGAGAACAAUGCUCAGAUUGCCUUGGAACUGAAGCACCGACUGGAAGAAGUUGCUGCCCAGCAAGAAAAUAAAGAACCAGAGCCAGUUGCUGACCUGGAUUCAGCAGAGGAAUUGCAUCCGCAGUUCAGAUUUACUGUGGAGGAAGUGGAAAUAAGUACACCACAUUCAGAGGCCAAUUCAGAGCCAGAGGAGGAAAGCUUUGAGCUCUCAAAGCAGAGGUUGGCAGUGAAUGCUUUGGGCUCUACGUCAAACUCUAUAUCAACAUCCCCAACACCCUCGCUGGAAGAAGAUAAUGAGUUUGAAGAUGAGAUUGACGACGAGUUUGACGACGAUAGCGACGAGUUUUCAUUCUACAAGUUCAGCAUUGAUAACUUCCGAGGCAAGGUUAACCACCAGCACACCCCCCAGAGACUGAAAGGGACCCUCCUCCACCACGACGACGAAGGCGACGUACUGGCAUGUCUGACUGUAUUUUGGAUUAUUAUGCGAUUCAUGGGGGACUUACCAGAACCAAAAGGUCUGGACUCUGUAUCACAGCGGUCAAGCACCACAAUCCGUCCUCCGGCUCAAAGGCAAGGCCGGAGGCUGAGCAACCUGGUGGGAUUGGACCAGAAAAUACUGAGGAGGAACAAGAAGAAGCAGGGUGGAAGCAGAAAAGCCUCAGCAAUCCUCGAAGAGCCAGAGAACUUGACCGAAGACGAGGACAUUUUGGUUGGAGAGGGUCCAACGCUGGAUCGACCUCUUACAGCCCUGGAAAAACUACACAUUAUUAUUGGAUAUGCUCUGUCCAGACGAGACAUACGGGAUGAGAUCUACUGUCAGAUCUGCAAGCAGCUGGUAAACAACAGGAACAGGAGGAGCUACAUUCAAGGCUGGACUCUCCUCUCCAUCUGUCUUGGGAUCUUCCCUCCUACAGACCUCUUCAUGAAGUAUUUGGAGAAUUUUCUCCGCAGAGCUCCAAGAGGUUUCAAGGAAUAUUGCACCGAGCGGCUUCGGCGUGUAGUUGCCAAUGGAGAGAGGAAAGAGCUGCCUUGUUGGAUAGAGCUGCAGGCUGCCAACACCAAGAAGCCUAUAGAUGUGUCUGUGACACUAAUGGAUGAUAAAACAAUCAGUUUACAACUGGAUUCAGCCUCCACCUCUGCUGAAGUCUGCCAGACUGUGGCUGACAAGAUUGGACUCAAAGACAUCUACGGCUUCUCUCUGUACGUCAACAUCUUUGACAAGAUGUGGUCUCUGAGCAGCUGCGGGAAGCACGUGUUGGAUUCAGUGUCUCAGUGCGAGCAAGAGAUGAGGAGGCAAGGCAAGGAAGAGAAGGACGCACCCUGGAAACUCUCCAUUCGUAAGGAAAUGUUCGCACCCUGGCAUGACUGCUCCAUGGACCACAUCAGCACAAAUCUGAUCUACAAGCAGAUCAUCAAGGGGGUCAAAUCUGAAGAGUAUACCAGUGAGAGGGAGGAUGAAUUUGUCCAGCUGGCAGCGAUGCACUACUACAUCCAGUUUGGCUCUGUGGUCAUCAGAGACAACGUCAGGUCGGUGGUGGAGGAGUGCAUCGCCACCACACUUAUUGAGAACAAAUCUAUGACGAGAUGGAUCCAGCUCAUCACCUCGGCACUCUCACAGGGUCCGUACGUCAACGGGAACCUGAAUGCAAACAAGGUGAAAGAAGAGCUGGUGGAAUUCGCGCGACAGAAAUGGCUGCUCGAGUUUUCAAAGUUAUUUGAAGUUACUAUGACGUCAGGGCCUCCUUUAGCUAAAAGCAGGUUUAUUGUGGCUGUAAACUGGAGUGAUAUUGUCUUCAUGGAAAGAAGGGAUAGGAACCUCUUUGAAAUUCCCUACAUAGAAGUAAAGAACAUCGACAUGAUGAGCGACGGCAGUUUCAGCUUUCAGUCUGUGACUUUGACCACAGUCCGUGGAGAGUUCGUGCUGAAGUCUGCAGACGCUGCUGACAUGGAAGAACUGAUAAGGAACAACUUGGAAGGACUCAGACAGCGUUCGGUGUAUGCAGUGGCUCAGCAGGAUGCCACUAAACCAAGUGACCCCAUGUUCCUGGCUUGUAAACGAGGCGACUUGCUGAUGGUGGAGAAGGACAAAAAACAGCGACCAGCUGAGACCUGGGUCAGAGCAACCAACCGGCGAACUGGUAAUAAUGGUGCAGUCUAUGUGGACACAGUGCAGUUCCUGCCAACUCUCACCAUGCCCAGUGAUGAGACACUGGAGCUGCUCAAUCUGAAGCAGAAGAAAGGCCUAGUCAAAAGUAAUGUCCCUGUGGAAGAGACAGUGGCUCCUAUUUCCAUAAAAGAGUAUGCACUUGAGCAUUUCAGGCCCGCCGGUAAGGAAGGGGGUCGGCAUGGCAAAGGGACCAGGGAGAAACUGUGGGUUUGUUCCAGAGAGCCUCUCAAACAGCCGCUUCUGAAGACCGUACUCCAGAGCUCUGAGCUCAGCAACCUGGCCUGCAAUGCCUUCACUGCUAUCCUCAAGUACAUGGGCGACUACCCCAUCAAACAUGCUCGCAGCCCCCUAGAGCUCACCAACCAGAUCUUUGGUCCUCCCACCCAACACGAAGCUUUGCAGGACGAAAUCUACUGCCAGAUUAUGAGACAGAUGACCACCAAUGGAAACAGGGUGAGUGUAGAGCGUGGCUGGCAGCUGAUGUGGAUGUGUACGGGGCUGUUCCCGCCCAGCCUGAUUUUGAGGGGCUACACUCAGCGCUUCCUGGAAACUCGGCCCAGAGAGCAGCUGGCUGCCGACUGUCUGCAGAGGAUGCAGGAGAUUUCCAGUCGGGAACCCAGGAAGUUUCCUCCCUCUCAAGCAGAGGUGGAGGCCAUCCAACAAAACAGCAAUUACAUCUACUACAAAGUCCACUUCCCAAAUGACACAGACGACCUGUUUGAAGUGACAUCAACAACUACAGUCAAAGACCUGCGCUGUAGCAUCGCGUCGAAGCUCAAGCUGAGCUCACCGGAUGGAUACGGCCUGUAUGUGAAAACGCCACUCAAGAUUAGGAGCCUGGAUGAGCAGCAGUAUUUCUUUGACAAUCUAAGGGAGCCCUUAGAAGUUCCUAAAAAGGCCAAAAAGCAGAAAGAAGCCAAUCUGACCAACAUGCCGUGUCUGGUGAUCUUCAAACGGAAGCUCUGGUUCAACGUGAGCCCGGGGAAAGAUCUGGUUGCAGACCUCAAUUUUCAUUAUCCGCAGGAGCUGCCCAAGUACCUGCGGGGAUACCACAACUGCACCAGAGAGGACAUGAUUAAACUGGGCGGGCUGCUAUUCAGAGUCGCAGUAGACUCCGACAGGUCGCAAUUUGUCAUGAUCCCCAAAAUGCUGAAUGAACUGGUUCCUGCUGACCAGCUGAAAAUCAUGACUCUUGAAGACUGGAAGAAGCACAUCAUCGCUUCAUACAACAAACAGAGCGGCAUCACAGUGCAAGAGGCCAAAAUCGAUUUCCUGAAGACCAUUUCAACCUGGCCAACAUUCGGCUGUGCCUUCUAUGAAGUCAAACAAACAUGUGAAUCAAGCUAUCCGAGUAUAAUAAUGAUGGCCAUCAGCAAGAGAGGAGUCAGCUUAAUAGAACCAAAGAAAAAGGAGCUGCUGGUGUUGCACGAAUUCAGCCGCAUCACAGACUACUACAGUGAAGGCAACUUCUUCCAGAUGACCAUCCGCACCCUGGUGCAAGGCAUCAACUUCUCCUGUGAAACCACACAGGCUCAUGCAAUAGAGGAUCUUAUUAGAUCGUACGUCAGGAUGUAUGAGGGGCAGAAACAGGCCUUUCAACCGAGGAACAACAUGUUUUCCAGAGGCUUCAGUGGCAAAAUGCGUCCUGUGCACUACUGAUUGAUAAGCACUCUCGCUCAGUGUAUUUGCAUUAUUGCAUUUUUAAGGAAUAAAUUACAAAACUGUUCAUAAUACAAAUGACUCCUAUUAAAAGAAUAGUGAUAUCCAAA